AUGAUUUCAUCCAGUCAAAUAAUUAAUACAUAUAUUAAUUGUGGCGCUUUUAAACGAGAUACAACAAGUUUAAAUAAUCAAUCAAAUAUUGAUGAAAUUCAUGGACAAAUACGUUUCCUAUUUGGUUCUCAUUUACCUAAUUCAUAUUUUCUUACAUUUUACAAUAUUAAAUCGAAAAAAUUCAUUAAACUUAAUCAAAAUAUAUUAGACUAUGGAUUAAAUCCAUUUCAGUUGAAAUCAUCUAUUAAUGAUCGAAAUAUUGAAAAUAUGUUCGAUUUUGUGGAACUAUAUGUUAUUGAUACAACAGAAGACAAUUCUGACUAUGAUACACAAUCUGGAGUCCAAUGUAAUGAAACAGACUCUAGUAUUUCAAGUGAUUCAUCAAUUUCAAUGAAUAAAGAGACACUAUCUCAGCAAGAUUUACCUAUAGAUGAUAAUACAACAAAUAAUAAUGAUUGUCAUGAAAAAGAUUUAUUCAAUGCAUUGCUUAACAAAGAACCAGAUGAUAUAAAUCAGCUUCUUGGUACAACAUGUACAAAUGAUAAUAAUAUUAAUAGUAAUGAUUUAUUAAAUGCAUAUCCUAAUGAAAAUCAAUCUGAUUCUAAUUUUUCUUCAAAUGAUUUAAUGUCAGAUAAUGAUUUAUUCGAUGCAUUACUUUCUGAAAAACAAUCAGAUCAAAAUUCAUCUGUUAAUAAUGACUCACCGGAACCUAUUGAAAUUGGAGAUUCAAUGCCUUUACAAAAUAAUUCUUCAUAUUCAAUUCAAAAUUCAAAUACAUUUCAAAAUCCAACACAAUUAAAUGAACAAACAAUUGUAGAACCUAAUUGUUUACAUUUUUCACUUGAUGUGAAAUCCGAACAAAAGGAUAUUUAUAAAUCCGAUCAAUUCAGUCAAAAAGAAGAAACAAAACCUAAUGGUUAUAUUACUCGUAUACAAGGUAUUAAAACACCUGAACAAAAAAUGCGUUCAAUAUGGCCAAUGGUUCGCGUAAGUGAUUUCACCUUAGAUUUUCACGAUGAAACUACUUUUCUCUUUUAUAUUACCCAAUUCUAUGCACUAAAAUAAAAUUUAUCACUAUCAGAAUAUGUCUGAGUCUAUUAACUAAACAUUGAUACAUCAUUCUGUUUUGUGUAUGCAACUGCAUAUAAUCGUUACGAUUGAGCAGAUUGAACUCAUACAUUUUCGUAUAUAUUUUUUUCUAGAUUAUUUUGCGAUUAGUCAUGUACAAAUAAGAAUUAAUCAAUUACAAAUCAUUCCAGAAAAUUUAUGAAAGUGUAUAAUGUUAUAUUUUUGUUUUAUAGAUCUAAUGUAAGUGAAAUCUAAAGUAAAUUUCUGUGAGAUAGUAUUUCAGUUUUUUGAAAGUCAAGUAAAAUAAUGAAAAGCGAAGCCUCACUGAUUGCUAAGAUAUUCUCGCAUGUUCUAAUGAUAUCGAUAUUGUUAAUUCAAUUUUUCCUACAAAUCUUAACUGUUGUUUACUUAUAUACUUCUAACAGUCAUACCUUUACUCUUCACCAUGUGCACUAGUUUUAACAAUUGGAAUAUAAGAAUUCGUACCAGAUACCGUUAUUAUUUUUCUGAAUUUCGAGUGUCCAUACUAUGAAGGAGUGAAGUUGCUAGUGAAAAAAUCGCUUACGUUUUUUUAGACUAAAAGAAGUCACCUAAGUAUUCUAUCAUUUGAGACUAGGUGUAUGAUUACAAUGCUUGAAAUAUUCGAAGGCAAUGUUUCUAAGUGCCAAACUGCUUUUUACUCGGGAUUACGUGCAUUAUGAAAGUCCUAAUGAUAUAUAAAUACCUUGAAAAGAGUUCGGGUUAAUAGCUUAUUGCUAUCAAGAUACUGUAUUUUUUAUCAUAAUUUUUAGCACAGUGUUGAGACUAGUUUAUUGUAAAAACUUGAAAUAUUUUGAUUGCUUCCAUCCUAAGAUACGGCUAGGAUAAAAACGUGCUUUUUACGCUGUUCAUAUACAAAAGCGAACUCCGAUAUUCUUAUUUCAGAAUAGACAAAAUCUGAAAUUUUCACAAUAAGCUAUUCGUGUUAAAGCCUGCAUCUGUGUAAAGUUUCAAGUCAAAAUUUCGAAACUCACGAUGGAAGGUCCCCAACUGUCCAAUCGCUUUUGAGUUCGGACCCUGUGCAUAAGGUAAACCCCAGUGAAGUAUGAAAAACUCCAAAAGGAUAACGGCCCUUAGGCCUUCUGUUCCGAGUUACAGGGAUUUUACUGGAAUUACAGCCUAUGACAUGGUAUUUACCAAAAUAUCGAAUGACGAUAUUUCAGGUUGAUAUUUUGCCCAUAGACAGGUCUGGUUGUGAAUAGAAUGUCCCGAAG